GGAUUAACCAGCGUCAACAGGAUACCUUAACAUUUAUCACUUGUCCCCGAGCGGCCGAAAGGACCACACGCACCGCUUCAGCUUACCAGGAUUACUGGUCAACUUACAGCGAGGUGGUGUGUGCGCUGGGAUGGUGACACCUCCUGUGAUGACUCUAAUGGUGAUGAUGGUGGCGGGUCUGGGUGUGGUCUCCGGGUUCAACAUCUAUACGGAGCAUGCCCAGAUCCUUUCGGGUCCCGAGAAGACCCACUUCGGAUACAACGUAGCGCUUUGGAGUACUAAAAUUGGGCAGAAGAGGCUAGUGAUAGGGGCGCCCUUGGGAAAGAACUCAACAGCAGGUAACCAGACAUGGCCCUUGGGUAACAUCCAUGUGUGUGAACCCUUGAGCGACCAGUGUGAUCCUGACCCACGACUACCCAACCUCUUAUCCGAUGACACCAGCACCAGGGCCAUCGACUUUGGGAGUAUCAUACGAAAACAAGGAAUAGGGUUCGGUGAAACACUCUACACAGCCAACCAACCUUCGUCCAAGCUAGUGGCGUGUGCUCCGCGGUAUGUCAAGAUCAUGGAGCAUGUAUAUCUACAGGCCAGAGGGAUAUGUUACGUGCUUGACGACGUGUUUGCCAGUCCAGAGAUAAUAUAUCCCUUUCCCAAUGACUGUUUCAAGGUGCGUGGGAGAUGUAACUUGAACACGGGAGUAUACACAGGCAGAAGUAUGACCGGGUUUAGCGCCUCCAUCCUCCAGGGAGAGGAAGCAGUCAUAUCUGGAGCUCCGUUUGCUUUCAGUGGUUCAGGGUUGUUGAUUAAAACCAUUGAGAACAGACCUACGGUACGGAAUUUCCACACUGACCCCACGUACUUGAUCGGCUGGGCAACAGUGACGGGAAGAUUCAACGGAGUGACAGAGAUGAUCGCUACCUCUUCUUCCUUGGACGUAUACGGCAUUAUCACCUUUUACUACCAAUCGAUGUUUCAAGUGCCUAGAAAGCUACAAGGAAAGGACGUAGGUGUACAGUUCGGGUACAGCCUCGGCGUGGGUGACAUUGACGGUGAUGGGACUGACGAUCUGCUGGUGGGCGCCCCUCUAGCCAAAGGUAUCGAAGGUGCUCCUGACUGUGGCCGGGUUUAUAUCUACUACUCACCCGUCAAUCAGUAUCCUCCCUGGGCCUCCCCCCUGGUAUUGGCAGGAAGAGAGCCCUGGGGUCGCUUCGGGCAGGCCGUGACCUCACCUGGUGACCUUAACCAAGAUGGCUAUGACGAGGUGGUGGUCGGGUCGCCGUUCGAUGGAGGAGGUGUAGUGUAUGUGUUCAACGGAGCUGCCCAAGGACUGAUUGCGAUACCUGCACAGGAAAUCCGUGCGUCCGAAUUCUCACCAGGAAUACGUGGCUUCGGCUUCAGCUUGGACGGUGGCGUGGACAUGGACGAUAACGGCUAUCCUGACCUCAUCAUCGGGUCACCGGAAUCGGACAAUGCUGUUUUCUUACGGUCAUCUCCGGUGGUGAGCUUGGAGGGGUUCGUUAUGUUUGACCCGUCAAUCGUCGUGCUGGGGAAAAGGUCAUGCACGGUGAUUACCGACGAUGUUGUGUGUUUUAAUCUCGAGUUCGACUUGAAGUAUUCCUCUAAGACCAAGUUUGAAUAUCUGCAAAUACACCUGGUGAUAAAGCUGGAUCCCGUACACGACAGACUUGCCUUUAUCGCGAACCAACAGACCACACUCAACGUAACCAGAGAAAUUGAAUCUGUCGAUCAGCCUCCCGUCAAAUGGACCAUCCCUGUCUACGUGAAGACUGGCCGCCCUCGACUAGACGCACCGAUCGAGGUUGAUGCAACAGCCAGUCUCAAGUCUCACCUUGUGCGUCUGGGUACACAAUCCUCCAAGCUUGAGGUUCCUACCAUCCUUGACCAACUAAACCCCGUAGACCUGAGAGCCGAGGCCCGUCUAACCUGCGCCGAUCCUACUACUUGUUUCUCCAAGCCUGAUCUCCUCCUUCAGACUACGGCACCGACCCAGCUGGUGAUUGGAGACGGGGCUCUAGCCGUAGAGGUACAGCUGGUGGUGAGGGAGGAUGCGGCCUUUGCGGUAAAGCUGUUUCUGGUGACGCCGACACAUCUGGUGUUCGUGAGGGUGUCUGGAGAGGACACCAUCCCCGCCUGCGUCAAGGAACCUCCCCAGACCCUUACCUCACACGAGCUCUCAGCCCUCACCUGUAGGUUUACGUCUGAUCUAUACAAGAAUAAAAAAGUUUUUAUGACGUUCCACUUCGAGUAUAACCCCGAGACUCUCCUAAACCAAUGGGUGACCAAUGACCUCGACGAGAUCAACCUCCAGCUGAGUGUGACCAGUGACAGUGUUGACCUUAAUGAGGAGGACAACAACGUCAACCUCAUUAUCCCUGUCUUCACCCAUGUCCACCUUCAGCUGAGUGUCAUGUCAGAUCCCGACAUCGUUGAAGGCAAACUAAACGAAACCGCGAGUCAAGAGAUGCUGAAUAGGAACGAGCUCCUCUCACCUCGUCAGCUUGGACCAGCCUUCACCCAGCGAUUCUCAGUCCUCAACCACGGUCCCUCACCUGUCUUCGGUCUACAGAUGUUGGUGGAGGUUCCGGUAGAACUAACUGAUGGCCAGCCUGUGUGGUACCUUGUAGAAGAGCCUCGUACCUCUGGCCCUGUCUACUGUAGCUCUCCACCACUUAACCCUCGGGACUAUAAUUUUACAGAACAAGACACAAAUGAUAUCUUGAACGGUGAUACCAUAGACGACCAGAUCCUUGACCCCACCAACACAACACCCCAGGCCACUCAAGAACCACCCCGACGACUACGACGAAGAGAGGCAGACGAUGAAGGGGUCCUAAUGAAUCCAAUUGACGAUGACAAUGUUACUCUCCGUACCGACGAUGAUAACGAUAUGAAAACGAAGAGUGAAAUUGUGCCUCUCACCAUCGAUUGUCAACAGGUGCCUUGCCAGCUGAUCACGUGUAAUGUGUCGUCCCUGAAGGCUGGGUCCUCCGUCAGCCUCUCCGUGUCUGGCUACGCAGUCAUCGCUACUCUUAAGAAAAUGCGUAAUCGUUCCCUGGGUCUGGAGUCACGCAUGAAGGCAGAGGUGACGUACCUGUAUAGCCAAUUAACAGGUAACCUGGUCAACGUCACUGAUUCCACCCACGUCAUCAUCAUUACCCCACCUGAAGUGGCACCAGUAACCAUCCUGUGGUGGCACUGGCUUCUUAUCGUUCUUGUCAGCUGCAUCAUCAUCGUUACCUUGAUGGUCAUUAUGAAAAGGCUUGGCUUCUUCAAAAGAAAGCGAGCACCGAAAAAAGACAGCGAAAUGUUAAUGAAAAAUGACCAGAGACAAACGAUGAUGAAUGACGGGAAGAAGGAGGAACAGAGAAAUGGGGAGGAAGAGGAUUAGGAAGAGGAGAGGAGAUAAGUAGGAAGGGUAAAGAGAAGAAAGAAGAGUGUGGUGGGGGAGAGAGAGAGGAACGUUAAGAGGAAGAAAUGUGUAGUGGAGGAGAGGAGAAAGAAAUAAUAUUACAGUGUAUUUUAUUGUGAAGAUAAUGUAACUACUGUAAAUGUUUUAUUGACUAUGGCGUAAUAUGAACCGUUGGGUGAGGAGAAAAGCUUUGUACUGAACAAUUAUAUAUAUGUGUUAGGUAGCUUAAUAUUAUUAGAUCAUUCAUAUUACGUUCAAUAGUCCAUAAAACAUGUAGCUAUAGAGUUUUUCUUGAGUUCCCCCUAUAUUGAGAUGUACGUUUUUCUUCUCUCGUCCAUUUCAGAACCUUCAUCAAUCCCGUGUUUAUUUGUAUAUUUACUAAUGAAUGGGUUGUGUGUUACCGCUAGAUAAAUAUACCUACUUAUAGCUGAAACAUUAAAGAUACAUUAGGAGUGAUAUUGAAAUCUUCAGUUGUAUUUACUUAUAGUGAAAGUGUCAACUAAGUCGAGUGUUAGGGAAAGAACAGUGCUUGUGAGAAUCCUUAUCCAUUCGGCGAGAGACUGUGAGAUGUCGGUUCACCACGGAAGUUAUAUCGUGUUGAUUCAUUCAUUAGAGAGAGGGGUGGCUGUAUUGAAAUUAUUGUCAUUUUUGUAUUAAAGAAUCUCAUUAAUUAUUUGAGAGAACUUGUCAAAGUGGGGCCCAGUAACUGAAGUUUUAACCGACAGCGUAUGAGUGGGCAUCUGUUGGAAUUUCUCUGACUGCUCAGAAGUGCGCCAUCCUUGUUUUCAAUUUGCUUGAUGCAUUCCAAGCUCAGAUACUGAUUGUUAAAGUUAGCCUUAAGAAAUUAAUGUGAACCAUAACACUAAUUUUCAUAGUCGAUGUAUACCGUAACUGAGACCAAUGGAUAUGUGAGUCAAGUCCCGUGCGUGGCAGGCCUGAGUAUUUAACAUGCAGGCGCUGAAAAUUAACUCUUCGGAACAGCUCCUUCCUCGUAUACCAGGCACUGUAUUUAUUGUUGCCGCUGCUGAGAGUCGGGUAGCCAGCUGCAGGCAAGAUGUCCAAUGCAGGAUGUCUUUAAUAAACCGGGAUUAAGAUCUGGGUGGGUGGCACACCCGAGUGCAGAGUUCACAGCCAAGCCCGAAGUCUGGACUCGGUGUGAGUCGUGAGCCCGACCGCGGUUUCACUGGGCGACUGGCUGAACGCACUUGUGUGUUUUGAUCCAGUGGCGUAAGCCUGGUGUAACUCCUGUGUGCGCCAACUAUUACUGAAUGUAUUAUUGUGGACGGAUUAUCUGGAGUAUGGACUAUAGCUGUCCUAGGUCGAGUAUUGGGACAGUACAUACUUAGUUUUUGUUAUGGAUGUUGAGUGAACCAGCUGUACUUACAGUCUAUCAAGUAAUAGUGUAUUAAUCAGUGAUAGUGUGAUUUAAAACUCAGGUGCUAGAAGUAAUAACAUUACUCUGUGCUACUAACAAGUGUUGAGAGAUACCAUCACUGUGGUGUAAUAAUACCCUCAAGGUGGUAUGAGUAUUUAAGAUCUAUUUUGCUACUCAUGAAGUAAGACCUAUUGUUCAGUUCUAUUUUGUCUAAGUGUUAAAGUAAUUAGUAUUAAUUAAACCCAAGUAAAUAUUGUUGUGAAUGAAGGCUCAAAUUGCCACAGUAUUUAUAUUUGUUUUCAGUAAAUAUUGAUUCAGUAUAA